AUGGGAUCCUCCGUCACAACCUCUGAGCCCAUUGGGGACUCUUCUCCCCUCAACGGCCUCCUCUCUGCUGUAUCCUCCGCCCUAGACAAGCGCGCUGGCAAAGACAUAUUUGCCAUCGGAGGCAGCAUUGGCGACGAUGACGACUCCUCUAGUGCAGGUAAAUCCGUUACCAUCCGUUGGGAUACUAAGGACCAGGGACAUACUCGCACUCUCAAGCUACCUCUCGGCAAUGAUCCUGUUGCUCAAGAUGGCUUCAACACCCUGUUGGCUGAUUGCCAACCGGCAACCUUCGGUGUCGGCAGCCAAGAGGUUCUUGAUGAAGAGUACAGAAAGGCUGGAAAGAUGAACACCGAAGACUUCUGUACCAACUUCAACCCUUACGAACACGGUAUCGUCGAUACCAUCAAUCAGGUUCUAGCACAAGCCAGUGUUACUGAUGCCCGCGGUCUUGGUGUCAAAGCCGAGCUUUACAAGCUCAACGUGUAUUCGGGACCUUAUGGCAAGUUCAAGCCUCAUGUUGACACUCCGCGGUCUGAUCGCCAGAUGGGCUCGCUUGUCGUCAGUCUUCCUGUCGAGCACAAAGGGGGGCAGCUGGCAGUCAGACACGGCGGCCGUGAAAUUGUGUUUGACUGGGCGCCCAAGAGCGCCAAUGCCAUUCAGUGGGCGGCCUUCUUCUCCGACUGUGAGCAUGAAGUUCUGCAAGUCACUGAAGGGCAUCGUGUCACAUUGACCUACAAUCUCUUCUGGACCAACUAUGGCCCAGCUUCGAUGUCAGAUAAUCUUCGGGCUCUAGACCAAGAGUCUCUUCAUUUCUUCAAUGCGCUUGAGAAGCUACUUGAGAACAAGCAUCUCAUGAAAGAAGGCCUCGUCGGGUUCUCUUGCACUCACGCUUACCCUCAUACCUCCAAAUCAUCCACCAGCAACCUACACCACAUGCUCAAAGGCAUCGACAUGGUAGUCUACCAAGCCCUCAAACGUAUUCUCGGCACAGCCCAAGUCGCCGCAUUGGUAGACGAUGAAGAAUUCCGACAUGACCAGCAAGAGUCGAUACCAGAGACGAUUGCAUGGAAGAAAGAACACUGGUUGAAGUACAAUCCAGACAAGCCAGAGCCCCAAAUCACAGAGGCGGAGCAGGACAUCUUGGACAAUAAGCGAGCUGUCGGUCUCACUCCGAGACCGGCCGUUAUUUUCUGGCAUGACUAUGACAAUAGACUUGACCCAGCUGAAGUCAAUUCUCAGUAUGGACCGGACUGGGAAACGGACAGGAGCAAGUUUUAUCCUCGGGAAGAUGUCACUUGGUUGAAUGGCCCGCCUGGGGAAGAGGUUUCGAAGGAACUUGCUGUUGCUUUCAUCACGUACGGAAACGAGCCUGGAAUCGACGCUUACUAUACUUCGGCUGUCAUUGUCGCAAAGGUGAAUGGGUCGUCAAAGCCAGACACAAGCACUCGGAUGGAAGCGUGA